AUGUAUAAUAUAAAUAUACAAAUCUUUUUUUUUUCUUUAACACUCUGGCACCCUGUCCAUUAUUACACAGCACCCGGUUUAAGUUGGGAUGCAAUGUUAAAAUAUACAAAAAUAGAAUUAGAACUUUUAACAGAUUAUGAGAAAAUUGCAUUUAUUAGAUCAGGUAUCAGAGGUGGUGUAUCUCAAUGUAGUAAUCGUUAUGCUAGAGCUAAUAACAAAUACAUGGAGGAUUAUGAUACAGGGAAACCAAAUUCAUAUAUCACAUAUUUUGAUGCCAACAAUUUAUAUGGUUGGGCUAUGUCUCAAUAUCUUCCUACUGGUGGAUUCGAAUGGGUAAAUCCAAAUACAGAAUUUAAUGUGUCUAAGACAUCAGACUUCGGUUUUAUUUUAGAAGUUGAUUUGGAAUAUCCAGAUGAACUUCAUUAUUUACAUUCGGACUUUCCUUUAUGUCCAGAAAACAUUUGUGUAGGCAAUAUUAAUGAGAAUAAACUAGUCCCAAAUUUAAAUAAUAAAGAUAAAUAUGUAAUUCAUUACAGAAAUUUAAAGCAGUGCAUAGAAAUGGGGGUUAAAUUAACUAAAAUUCAUAGAGUUUUAAAAUUUAAACAGUCUCCCUGGUUGAAGAUGUACAUAGAUCUAAACACAAAAUUAAGAACUUUAGCAAAAUCAGAUUUCGAAAAAGAUUUUUAUAAAUUAAUGAAUAAUUCAGUCUUCGGUAAGACUAUGGAGAAUAUUGAAAAAAGGGUUAACAUAAAAUUAGUUACGCACUGGGAGAACCAGGGUAAAGCUUUAGGUGCUCAAGAUCUAAUCGCUAAACCACAAUUUCAUAGCCUUUCAAUAUUUUCGGAAAACCUAGUUGCGGUUCAGUUGCAAAAAACGAAGUUAAUAUAUAACAAACCAAUUUAUUUAGGGUUUUGCAUUUUAGAUAUUUCAAAAACAUUAAUGUAUGAUUUUCAUUAUAACUAUAUGAUUAAAAAGUUUAGUAAAAUCAAAUUAUUGUAUACAGAUACGGAUAGUUUAAUAUAUCAUAUAUUUACAAAUGAUUUUUACACUGAUAUAAAACCUGACCUUUCAUCAUACUUUGAUACCUCAGAUUAUGAUACAAAUAAUAUUUUUGAAUAUCCAAAAUUAAAUAAAAAGAAAUUAGGUUUUUUUAAAGAUGAAAAUAAUGGUAAAAUCAUGAAAGAAUUUGUGGGUUUACGAUCCAAAAUGUACGCUUUUAACUUAGAGAAUAAGACUAUAGCCAAGUCAAAAGGGGUAAAUAAAUGUAUCACUAAAAAGAUGACAAUGAAUAGUUAUAAGUCUUCUCUAUUUAAUAAAAAAGUGCAAUAUUAUAGUAUGCUUAGAUUUAAAUCAAUUAAACACACAAUUUUCACACAAAAAUUAAAUAAGAUAGGUUUAUCAUAUAAUGACACAAAGAGACAUAUUUUAGAUAAUAAUAUUGAAACAUUAGCUUGGGGUCAUUAUAAACUGCGUUAA